AGAAGUUUGAGGUUACUUUUUCUAUCACUGAAAUAGAGUUGUGGCGCAUUUUCUAAGCUCGGGCUACACGACUUCGCUAUGUCAAAAAUAUCUUUUUUAAUCUGUAAAGCAUCUACAAGUUAAUGAGUGAAAACCUUCCUCCUUUGGAUUUCGGGGAUUUGAACCAUGAAGUUCGAAUAUGGGACCUAGACGAAACACUUAUUAUUCUCUCUUCUUUACUCACAACACAGUUUUCGGCUGCCCACAAAGAAAGUUCGACUUUGUGCAAUUAUUUAGGGAGGGAAAUGAUGAAAUUUUUGUUUAUAAUACUGGAAGAGUUUUUUGCUUUCAAAGAGCUGGAAGAUCAUAAUAUUACAAAUUUUGAAAAUUUAGAUUAUACAAAUACAAUAGACAAUACAUCUUGCCUUCCAGAUCCGGUUAAGAAAAAUGUUCAGGAGUUGUAUAUUAGAAAUAAAGAAUUCUAUGAUAACAAUAGGAAUUAUAUUCAGUUCGAGUUUGUGCCCGAAGAGAUUCGUACACCUCUUAGCGCUGUAUAUGAGGAAAUCGAUAGUCUUUCCUCUUCGUGGCUUAGUAUUUCUUACCUCAUUUUGGAAAAAUCGCAAACAUGCACAAACGUAACUAAUUUAGUUGUUACUUCCAGUCAUAUCCUAGGAGCUCUAGCGAAGCUGCUGCUUUUUAAAUUAAGCCCUUUUUUUCCAGCACAAAAUGUCUACAGUUCUUCUGAUGUCGGAAAGCUGGCCUGUUUUAUCCAUAUUAUUUCAAAAUUUGGCCAUAAAGUUAGCUACGUUGUUAUUGGAGAUGGAAAAGAAGAAAAAGCGGCAGCUUCAGAGAUGGGGCUACACUUUAUUGAAAUUAACAGUUUGCUUCAACUAAAAUCGCUUUAUGGGAAAGAAAGACUCAGAUAAGUAGAAACUGUUUUUGUCAAUAAAACCAAAAAAAAAAAAUUGAAAAU